UCUUCAGUACACGGCCGUUUAUGUACACGGCCCAUGUGCUGGACACGUGAUGUCCAAAUUGAUGGACGGCGUUAGUGAAUAGGGGUUAGUGCGCGGAAUACCAAAAACUGGGAACGCAGUAAAUCAAAGUUUUACCAUAACCAAAUGUUCCUCCAUACCUUCGAAUUCGAUCUGGACCCUCUCUCUCUCAAAGAACAACAGUCAUUUGCUUCCUCCAGAAUCCUCAAGCGCUCUCCACUUCUCGCGCAUCAACCCUCUCCUCCCCAACUUCAUCAUUGUCAGCGGAGUUCCCAACUCCGAUUCGUGGCAGCUCGGUCCUCCUCUCCCUCUCGGAAAAUGGUUACUCCUGAGGCAAAGGUUAAAUGUAGAAGGUUGAUGCCGGAUAAUCUGGUUAAAUUUGGUGAUUCAGUCCUUAGGCAUGAGUUUAAAGUGAACGUUGGUGGGAAGUUCCCAUAAUGUGGCAGAACAGGGUGGGCUGACUAUACGAGCUGGCUGCAAUCCGAAAGAUUUCAAAGAAACAGUUUUAGGUUUGUCAAAUGCAAAGCCAAAUGCAAUUGAUGAAAUGGGAUUUGGCCCAGUGCAGAGGCUAGGGUGCACCAAACUUAACCGUGAGAUAUGCCAAAUAUUGUAAAGUUUAAGUUCUUGAUUACAAGCUCAAUCCUAGUAUAGAAAUCUUGUAUGUACUGUGAAUUUUUGUAUAAAAUGGGAAUCCUGUUGUUGAUGAAUUCCUUGUGUGGAAAUAGAAAUUGUGUAUCAGUUGCUUGUAUCCUGUAUAAAUUACUUCCUUGCAUAGAGAUCCUGUAUAAAUGGAACCCUUAUAUAGAAUUUAAUAGUUUGACCAUAGUUCAUAGUUGAACUGGCACACCAAAACAGAGUGAGCUAUAUGCUAUUCGAUCAGGACUUGAUCUCCUGCAGUCUCUACAGUUACAACAUGUUAUUGAAAAUGAUUGUAUUGACGCAAUUGCUGAAGACUCAUGCUUAGACCAUAGUCUCCUUGCAAAUGGAGGUCUGAUGGAUGACAUCAAAUGUGCCAUGGCAUUAAUUCCUUGAGUGCAGCCUUGCUAUGCACCUCGUUUGUGCAAAAUGUGCUGGCAUAGGCUUUGAAGCCAAUCAUACUUCGGUGUGGCUAGACCAGACUCCAGAAUGUAUUCUUGAUGUUAUCAAUUAUGAUUGUAACCACCUCACUUGAGGUUCUAUCUAAUGAAAUUUCUUUCUUGAUUAAAAAAAAAUAGUUUAACUUGCACUCUUGCAGAUAAUAUGUAAAGCAUUUGUUGGUAAGAACAUCAUUUGUAGUACAUGUUAAAUAUAAACAUUGUCCAUAAAGGAAAGCUGUUUUUUAGUCCACAAAAGUUACAAGAGGAGUUCCAACCAGUCACAUUGGUUACACUCAUCUAGAGGCAGCAUCUUGUUACCCAUGGUUCCUUGUUCAGCUCCAACUCCAACAACUUCUGUGCUCUUACCCAGCACAAGAAUAACCUGAUCAUAUACACAGAAGCACGAAUGAUAAGACUGAAAAUAAAACAUUUCAUACCUCAAGGCAUACAAGAAAACAGAGAG